AUUGCUGUUCAAGAUGGCCGCCGCCACUACAUGCCGUCUUACUGCUAUUUGCAGACAAUUUCAAAGCGCUGUUAAAUUAUCUUUGCCAACCAAAGCUCAAUAUUCAUCACAUACUUUGACUAACUAUCAUUCCCUCUUCCAAAGGCAAAACUACAACCUUUUUCGAUUCAGCCGUCCUGUAGAUGCUCGCCCUAUCCACACAUCCUCCAGCAGAUGGGGCCUUGAAGAAUUCUUUGACUUGCCUGAAAACUGGGGGGAGACUACAGUUAAAUCAGGUUCUCCAUGGUCCGCUAAACAGCUGAGAGCAAAGAGUAAUGAAGACCUGCACAAGCUGUGGUAUGUUCUUCUAAAGGAAAAGAAUAUGCUGCUAACCCUAGAACAGGAGGCAAAGCGGCAGUGUGUUCCGAUGCCUAGUCCAGAACGCAUUAAGAAGGUUGAAAGAUCUAUGCGGAGGCUUGACACUGUUGUGAAGGAGCGAGAAGAUGCUCUGCGUUUACUACAGACAGGACAAGAAAGAGGCAGACCUGGAGAAUGGAGGAGAAACAUUUUUGGCAAAACGUUCUGGUACCGUUUUAGAGAGCAUCCUGUCCCCUGGUACAUGAACAAGAUCUACAAGAGGAAACGUUUCUACACACCAUCAUUUGUCGCCCCUUACAUAAGGCUAAGUCUUGAGAAGCACCUGAGGAGUAAAACAAGGAGAGAAAGGAAAGAGAAACAAAAGCAGAAGCAGCUGGCUGAGCUUUACCCUAAAAAGACGGCACAAGCAUGAGAUAUCCAACGCUCUAAAAAAAUCUAUGCACCCAUUUCUUCAUGUGUGGAUUGAGCCCUGGAUUUUUCAU